AUGGCAGCUCCGCAAGGGAAUUACCCUCCACAGGGCCAGGAGGGCUACGGUCAGCAACCCCAGAUCCAGCACCCCCAGCAGCACGAAGACCCAGCUUACACAGUCUCAGGAGCUCCUGGAGCGCCCAAUGCCCCUCCGCAUGAUAGUGCGCCUGCUCCGGCACCCUCGCAUGGCCGGAAGAAGCGUGCCUACGCCAACCAGGCAUUCGAUUUCGGCGUUGGCGCCAACGCAGCCCUGGGAGGCCAGCAGCAGGGAGGCGGCGAGAGCUAUGGAGGAUAUCCUGCUCCCCAGCAACCGCAGGGAUAUCCGCAGACGGGCCCUUAUCCAGCUCAGCAGCCAGCCCAGGCGCCGGUUGCAAGUUAUCCUGGGCAGGAUGCGGGUGUUUACCAGGCACCGGCUCCCGGUACCGCACACCUAACCCAGCAGAUGGCACAGAUGAGCGUGGCCGAUCAGCAGCAGCAGCAGCAGCAGCCCGGAAUGCAGCGACCUAUGCAGCUGAAUCAGCUCUAUCCGACGGAUCUCCUCACGCAGCCGUUCAAUGUCGCUGAAUUUGAAUACCCACCACCUCCGAUAGUGCUUCCCCCGAAUACUAGUGUCACACCCUCGCCAGAUGCGAACUGCCCUCCAAAAUAUGUUCGAUCUACCCUCAAUGCAGUCCCAACAACUAGCUCCCUCCUAAAGAAGUCUCGUCUCCCGUUUGCUCUUGUCAUCCAACCGUACGCUUCCCUUCAUGACUCCGAGGACGAGAUUCCAGUUAUUUCAGAUCAAUUGAUCUCCAGAUGUCGACGCUGUCGUUCAUACAUUAACCCUUUUGUCACCUUCCUCGACCAUGGACACCGUUGGCGGUGUAACAUGUGCAGCCUGACCAACGAUGUACCGCAAGCGUUCGAUUGGGAUGCAGCAGCGCAAAAGGCACUGGAUAGAUGGCAGAGGCCUGACCUGAACCAUGCCGUGCUUGAGUUUGUGGCACCCCAGGAAUACAUGGUCAGACCGCCACAGCCACUGGUCUAUCUAUUCCUGAUCGAUGUAAGCUAUGCGUCAGUUACAAGCGGAUUGCUAGCGACGGCUGCGCGGUGUAUCCGAGAGAGCCUUGACCGGAUACCAAAUGCGGACCGCCGAGCCAGGAUCGGUUUUAUUGCCGUGGAUUCCAGUCUUCAUUACUUCACCAUUCCCCGCGAUGGGUCAGAGAGCUCUGAGCCAAACAUGCUCGUAGUUAGCGACUUGGAUGAGCCAUUCCUGCCCAUCCCCGGAGAUCUUUUGAUAACGCUGGCCGAAUCCCGAGAGAACAUUGAGAUAUUCCUUGACAAACUGCAGGAGAUGUUCCAGAACACCCAGAACCCCGGGUCAGCUAUGGGCUCUGCGCUACGAGCAGGCCAUCAACUGAUCGGCCCCGUCGGUGGUAAACUUACCGUCUUGACUGCCUCACUACCAAACAUGGGAUAUGGCAGUCUUGAGAUGAGAGAGGACAAGAAGGUCCUCGGCACAAGUAAGGAGAGCAGCUUGCUACAAACCGGCAACGCCUUCUACAAGAGCUUUGCUGUCGAAUGCUCAAAGCAGCAGAUAUCCGUUGACAUGUUCCUGUUCUCCUCUCAAUACCAGGACGUUGCGUCGCUAAGCAACCUACCCAGAUAUACCGGUGGCCAAACAUACUUCUACCCAGGCUGGAACGCUGCCAGGAGCGAGGAUGCUAUCAAAUUUGCCAAAGAAUUCUCCGACUACCUCUCAUCCGAAAUCGGACUCGAGGCCGUCCUCCGUGUACGAGCAACCACCGGUCUACGUAUGAGCACGUUCUACGGAAACUUCUUCAACAGGAGCUCGGAUCUGUGUGCUUUCCCUGCUUUCCCCCGAGACCAAGCAUAUGUUGUCGAGGUUGCCAUUGACGAAACCGUCACCAAACCUGUCGUGUGUCUGCAGACUGCCGUCCUUCACACAACCUGCAACGGGGAACGAAGGAUCCGAGUGCUGACUUUGGCUCUACCGACGACUCAGAAUCUGGCCGAUGUGUAUGCCUCCGCGGACCAGUGCGCCAUCGUAACCUACUUCAGUCACAAGGCAGUUGAGCGUACCCUAGGAGGCGGCCUAGACCAGGCUCGUGAUGCCUUGCAGGCGAAAAUUAUAGAACUGCUCUCGACAUACAGGAAAGAGCUGGCGGGUGGGAGUGUUGGUGGCGGCGGUUUGCAAUUCCCUGCCAACCUGCGCGGCCUCCCUAUCUUGUUUUUGGCAAUGAUGAAGAACCUUGGUCUUCGAAAAUCCGCCCAAAUACCUACUGAUAUGAGAUCUGCCGCCCUUUGUCUCCUAUCUACCCUGCCACUUCCGCUUCUAGUCCAGUUCAUCUACCCCAAAAUGUACUCUCUCCACGACAUGCCCGAUGACGCAGGUAUCCCUCACGAGGGGACGGGAGAGAUCGUGCUCCCGCCACGAAUCAACCUCUCAUCCGAGCGCCUCGUAUCCCAUGGAAUGUAUCUGAUAGACGACGGCCAAACCCAGUUCCUAUGGGUUGGCCGUGACGCCGUCCCGCAACUGAUAAACGACGUGUUCGGGCUCAGUGACAAGUCUCAGCUAAGAGUCGGCAAGCAAUUCCUGCCCGAAACAGAGAACGACUUCAACGAGCGUGUCAGGGCGGUCAUCAACAAGAGCCGGGAUACAUUGUCACGCGGCGUCGGAAGCAUCGUUGCACCACAUCUAUACGUCGUGAAAGAAGACGGCGAGCCCGGUCUAAGGCUAUGGGCGCAAUCGAUGAUGGUGGAGGACCGCGCAGACCAGAGCGUCAGUUUACAGCAAUGGAUGGGUUUGUUGAGAGAGAAAGUCAUUCAGUAA